AUGACAGCAACAAACAACAACAACAACAGCAACAACUUUAUCGUUUCUGAUGAAAAAGUUAUUGAUUCAUUAGUUGAGGAAUUAGUUGUGGCAGAAACUAAAACCCUCAACGAAAGAAUUGGUGAAAACAUGAUUGAUUUACAUAACUACCUCAAACAUGAUGGAGGAAGAGGAAGGAAAACUGGUAUGGCUUUAUUAGUAAAUAAAAUUUCAAAUUUAACGAUUAUAGAUGUUGAUAUCAAUAAAUCAUACGAUGAUGAACUUAAAGAAACAGUUAGAAAAGACAUUUUAUCAAAACUUUCGGAUAAAGAUGUUAUCGUUAAAACCGCAUCAGGAGGUCUUCACAUUUAUUGCAACACUAAUUUCUUCUAUGCAGUUUCGAACAGAAUGAUUAAAUGUUAUUCCUGCAAUGAUUAUGAUAUUGACAUAAUGACUUCUAUUGAUGAUUCAAAACGUUCUUUAGUAGUUAUGGCUGAUUCAAGAGUUCGCAAGAAUGCAACAGAACCAAUCAAUACAUACUCAUUCAUUCGUGGAA